UGCUUAACAGUGAGCUGACGGGCCCGCCGCGACUACUUUAUACUUAUUUCUGCCACUGGGUCAGUCGAACGCUGUUUUGCUUUUGUCGCGGGUUUUCCGAUUAUUUUGUUUGGCGCGAGCAUCUUUUUUUGGCGUUCGACCCCCUCGACAACACUGGCACAAAAACAACUGCAGCAACAACAUUCAGUUAUAACGAAAAAAAAAAAACAAUUUUACGUGUGUCGCAAGCGAGGCUUUUCGGCAUUAAAAAAUACAAAAGUAAUUAUCGUGCGGUUGAAUAAGAGAAAAUAAAUAUUGAUGAAGUAGCGGAGCCCAUGCUUACCAAUAGUAGUAAUUCAAAAUUUACUUAGCACCAAUUUGCGGGCCUUUUAGCCAGUUUUAUAUAAGUGAUAAUUGUGCUGGCAGAACAAAAAGUUACUAAAGAGUGCUUAAAGUUCAAUAUAUUAUCGAUGCAUGCGCCACAAAAGUGUUAAUCAAAUUUCUACUGGCAACAAGUGAUACAAUAACAAAGGCAACAGCCAUUAAACAACGGGCGCUAUCAAAAGUUGAAGGUGCCAACAAAUCGACAACGACAAUAUAGACGACUAAAACAACAGCUGUUUGGCAAGCGAAUCGAAUGCCAAAAAAAUUAAUUUAGUUUUCUUAAGAAACCCAAGCACCAUCUCAAAUCCUUGCCCAAAGGUGCCUGGAAGCGUUUAAAAGACUUGAACGAUCGCCAGAAGAGGCGGCGUCACAUACCAAUUGAAAACGAUUUCCAGGAUCCACAUAUCGACAACGAAGCUGGCACUUUGUUAAUACCGAUUGCACAUAAGGAAUACCCACCCAACACAGCCACCGGAACAAUCCCCAAGAAACCUAAAGACGCUGAUCCAGAUUCCAGUUGCCCAGUCACGCACUUCAGGCAAUUGCAAUUUCAACGCGAUCUGCGCAUUCAUCCUUUUACAGACACCAAUGUGGAACGCGGCAGGAGCUCAAAAGAUAUAGAAGUAGUGGAAGAUACAGCCAAAAUGACUAGUGAUAAAGAAAGUUCAGAAACCAAACCUCUUAACAAUAACAACACGAACGGAAGUGGUGGGAGUGCACCCAGUAAGCCAAAGAUCCAGCCAAAAUUCAGCAUCCACCGGGAUGUGCUGACCCACGAGGUGGUGAUUAAGCAAACAGGAUAUGCGGCUCGGGACAAGAGUAUUCCCUCCUCCCUGCGCAACUGCUGGCAGAGCUGGAACUUCUUCGCCCUCUUCACCGGCGUGAUUCCCAUCCUGCAAUGGCUACCCCAGUAUUCACCCCGGAGAGAUCUCCCCGGGGACAUAAUCGCCGGUUUUACGGUGGCUAUCAUGAACAUACCGCAUGGCAUGGCGUACGGAAUGUUGGCGGGAGUUUCCGCCGGAAACGGCCUCUACAUGGCCGUGUUUCCGGUGCUGGCCUACAUGUUCCUGGGCACCUCCAAGCACAUUUCCAUUGGCACUUUUGCGGUGGCCAGCAUGAUGACGGCCAAGGUGGUGGAUUCGUUCGCUACUGUGGAUGACCACCACCUCGUUUCUGCGGUUAAUGCCUCGGGUUUGCUGGCCAACUCCUCUGUCACUGCACCCCCUCUUCAACUGCUUAAUGCCACACUAACUGCGGAUCCCAUCACAAAAGUCGAGGUGGUCACCUCUUUGGCCCUCACCGUGGGCAUUGUGAAUCUCCUCAUGGCUUUUCUGCGACUGGGAACGCUGUCAUCGCUGCUCAGUGAGCCGCUGGUAAAUGGAUUCACGACUGCUGCCGCUUGUCACGUGGUCACUGCGCAGCUGAAGGAUGUCCUGGGCAUCUCGGUGAACCGCUACAAAGGCGCCUUCAAGAUCAUUUACACCGUUAUCGAUGUGAUCAAGGGAGUGCCGGAGACGAAUCUUGUGAACUUCGGCUUCUGCAUGGCGGUGAUCGUGUUCAUGACGAUCUGCAAUGAGUGCAUAAAGCCGCGACUGAGUAAAAAGUGCCGGUUUCCCCUGCCCGCCGAGCUGAUAAUGGUUAUUGGUGGCACUUUGAUCUCCCAGUGGUUCAACCUGUGCGACGACUACAAGGUGAAGCCGGUGGGCACCAUACCCAGCGGAUUGCCGGAGCCCGUUCUGCCGCGAUUGGAUCUGGUGCCAAAGGUGGCCGUGGACUCAAUAGCCAUUGCCAUAGUCACCUACUCCAUAAUCAUGUCCAUGGGUCUCACGUUCGCCAAGAAGCAUGGCUACGAGGUUAGGCCGAAUCAGGAACUGUUCGCCAUGGGAGUUGGCAACAUGGUGGGCGGCUGCUUCUCCUGCAUUCCCAUGGCGUGCUCCUUGUCGAGAUCCGUGAUCCAGGAUCAGACGGGUGGAGUGUCGCAGAUCGCUUCCUUGGUCUCUGCUUCGCUGGUGGUGGUUACCCUUAUUUGGAUCGGUCCCUUCUUUGGCAGUUUACCCAGGUGCGUUUUGGCUGGCGUGAUCAUAGUGGCACUCAAACCAAUGUUUAUGCAAGCGAAAGAGCUGAAGAAGUUCUCCAAGCAGGGCAAGCUGGAAAUGUUCACCUGGAUAUCCACCUUCCUCUGCGUGGUGAUCAUCGACAUUGACAUCGGUCUACUGAUUGGCAUCUGCAUCUCCCUCUUGGCCCUCUACAUCAAGGGUCUGAAGCCCUACUCCUGUCUUCUGGGCUACAUGCCGGAGUCACCGGGAAUCUACUUGGAUCUCAACCAGCAUCGGAAUGCCAUGCAAGUGCCGGAGACGCGCAUCUUCCGCUACAGUGGAUCGCUGAACUUCGCCACCAGCCUGUUCUUCCGACGGGCUCUGUACGAGGCCGUGGGUCUGGACAAGAUUCCGCUGACGAAGGCCAGCAGCAGCAACAGCAGCAGUCCCAGCAAGGGCAGCAAAGCGAGCUACUCCCCGGUGUCGCAGAACGGAGGAAAGGCGAUCAAUGGCCGGCUGGAGGAGUCAUCGGGUGCGUUCAAGGUGCUGAUCCUGGACUUCUCCAUGCUGGGACACAUAGAUGUGGCCGGCUGUCGCACCCUCAGCGAUGUGAGCAAGGAGCUGAAGGCACGGGGAGCCCGUCUGCUGCUGGCCAGCCCCGUAGAUCGGGUGUACGAUACCCUGGUGCACAGUAUGGCCCUUAGCGAAGGACCUUUCGAGAUCUUCCCCACCCUCCACGAUUGCGUGGAGUACGCCAAUGCCUGUCGAACGGCGUGAGAGUUGGUUCCUGAUCCUGCUCCAGACUCCCCCGACCAGGGGAUACGGUGCCAACCAUGUUUUGUGAUAUGUCCAAGUGAUAGCUUGUGAAUCGUAGCACCAAAACCCCUUCUCUAGUUGCUAAGACCUAUUUUAAACUGAAUAGAAACAAUGUCGCCGUCUACAAUCAAGCAGAAUAGGCUAAGUUUGUUUAAGUGCCUCCAAAAUAUUGAUUUUUGUACUUAAAGCAUACACAGCCCACCAGUCAAGGCAACCGAAGAACUUCAAGCGAUCAAUGGAGCGCAUUGAUCUAGUGCAAUUUGUACCAAAAUGAACAAUUUAAACACACACAAUUAGUUUGUAGGAUUGAUAUGUACGGAUAUGUAUAAGCUGUACAUAAACAUUAAACUAAAUUCGUUAAAA